AUGGGGAGGGCAGCCCCAACCCUCCUGGCCCUGCUCAGCCUAACAGCAACUAUUUGUGAUGCCCAGGACACCUGCCCAGAGAUGAGAAUAGUGGGACUGGGUGAUGCUGACUGGCUUGCCGUUCUCCAAGGAUGCCCAGGGAUCCCAGGUGCCUCUGGCCCAAAAGGAGAACCAGGUCUCCCAGGAACAAAAGGAGAAAUGGGAGCCCAGGGACUCCCCGGGAAAGCAGGACCACCUGGUGCAAAAGGAGCAGCUGGAGAGCCUGGCUUCCCAGGACUGAAAGGACAAAAAGGAAAGCCUGGAUUUCCAGAAACAUGGGCCAGGAACUGCCAAGAGCUGUUGGGUAAAGGGAAGAUCCUGAGUGGCUGGUACACCAUCUACCCCCAAGGCUGCAAUGCCACCACUGUCUUCUGCGACAUGGACACGGAUGGCGGAGGAUGGAUUGUUUUCCAGAGGCGCUGGGAUGGGUCAGUGAACUUCUUGAGAGAUUGGGACUCAUACAAAUGAGGCUUUGGCAACCAGCUGACGGAGUUCUGGCUGGGGAAUGACAACAUCCACUUCCUCACCUCGCUGGGACCCUGUGAACUCCGCAUUGACCUGAGAGACUUUGAAAACAACUACUAUUUUGCCAAGUACGCUUCCUUCAGAGUUUUAGGAGAGUCUGAGAAAUACAAACUGGUUCUAGGAGACUUCUUUGGUGGAAACGCCAGAGACUCCUUAUCAUACCACAAGGACAUGCCAUUUUCAACAACAGACCAGGACAACGACAUGAAUUCCUUUAACUGUGCCACAGAAUACAAGGGAGCGUGGUGGUACAAUGACUGCCAUUACUCCAACCUGAAUGGGAUGUACUGGCUGGGUGUUCAUGGGAGCUAUGCUGAUGGCAUAAACUGGAAGACGGACAAAGAAUACCAUUACUCCCAAAAGCGAACGGAAAUGAAAUUCAGGCCAGUUUAA